AUGGCUUUCUUCACCCAGAAUUACAGGACUGACGAGAUCUGGCAGGUACGCAAACACGCAACUUCACAGAAACCUUCGUUCUUUGCUACUGCCGCCAGCUCAAUUCUAACCGCUCUACUCUGCCAUACCAAAUAUGCAUCACAUCUUCAUGAUCUCAAAGCCGAAAGUGCCGUUGCCGUACAUAUGGAGUCCACACAGCCUCGACAGUCUCCUAUACCCGUCGACACUCUCGAACCAGAACGGACGCUCAUUAGGCGCUUUAUUAGCCCAGGAGAUCGCUGCGCAAAUGGCUGUCCUCGAAGUGAAUAUGCUGUAACCUACUUUACAUGCCCAAAGACCUCUUGGAUAGACGUCGAGACCGUUCGCGAGCUGGCGAUUAAGAUUGUCGGAGACGCGAAUCUGAUAGACGCCAGGCCGUAUUCCAUCGUCCCUUCCGGCAUCCAGUUAUGGUGUGAUGGGCAACUCAAAUAUGCGGAGCGGCUGUUAGAUGAGGAUCUUGAGAGUGAAUGGUCGUCAGAGUACUCCUCGAAUGGUUCUGCAGAGGAAAGGUCCUUGCAGGAGUGUGAGGAUAGGAAUAGGGAGAGGGCUAUAGCUGAGGACUUGGAUAUGGAAAAUUGUGUGGAGGAAGGGGAGAAGGAGAAAGACGAAAUAGAAGCGAUAACAGGAGAAACAGGAGUUCAUGGAGAUGGUAAGGAAGAGGAAGAAGACGAAAAUGAAAAUGAAAGUGAACAUGAUCCAGAUACAGACGAUGAAGACGUUGAAGAAGUUGGCGGAGAAGACUACGAUCCAGUCGCUUCAUACAACGGCGAUAACGGCCGACCAGAUCCGAAUAUCUCACAUGUUGUCGAACCCGACUCAUCUGAAGACGAGUAUCUCACCGACGCGUCAGACUCACGUUCAGAUAGAACAAUCACACCCUCGCCACCUUUAACUGGUAUCAUGCGUCUCGGCAUGCCCGAUGGAGUUGGCCUCCCAGAUCCUAUGACCGACUACUAUGGUCUGCCACACCGUCCUGGACGAGUCCCAAUCAGAUACCGAUAUCACCCAGCAGAAGAGUUUCCUGGACUGCUAAAUACCCGGAACGAUGUACUAGAAUUCGUGCCACAUUUGAUGAAAACUUACAACGAUCGUACGCUACAAAUUGUAGGGUUGAAUGUCACUCACUUUAAGGUGUUCAACCGAAAUGAUCUCGUCACCAUGCAUACUUAUGUACGUCAAGGCUGCAGAGACGGUGGUGACGGUAUCCGAGGAAUGAAGUACUAUAUACGCCAAGUACGCAUGGAGACGGUGUAUGAAUACGUGAGGAACAAUCCUGAUCAACGAUGGAAGUAUGGAGGGGCACCGAGAAGGGAUUUCUGGGACGCCUCUAUUCUGGAGAAUUGA